AGUCAGCCAGUGCAUUGCGCCCCUUCUCCAUGCCUCUCUCUCUCUCUCUCUCUCUCCCUCUCUCUCUGCCUCUGCAGCGAAGGGCUAUAUCUGCGGCACCACUGUCACUUUCACGACCACACAGGGACAUGUACUGACGCCGAGGGGAGGACUUGAUCGUAACCUGCUCUCGAAGGCGGCAAAUUGAUUCCAGCAUCAUUUUUUUGUGGAUUAUUAUUUAUUUUCAACAACAACAACAACAACAACAACAACAAAAAAGCCAACGAUGGAGGAAUCCAGCUCACAUAAGUUGGUUUGGGACGGCGACGCCAAAGCAGUGCAGCAGUGUCUAACGGAUAUAUUCACCAGCGUUUAUACCACAUGUGACAUUCCGGAAAAUGCCAUUUUCGGCCCUUGUGUUUUGAGCCACACGUCGUUGUAUGACAGCAUAGCCUUCGUAGCGCUCAAAUCAACGGAUAAACGAACUGCGCCUUACAUAUUCCGGGUGGACACGUCAGCAGCCAACAGCACGUCCGAGGGCUUGAUGUGGCUGCGGCUCGUGCAGUCGGCGCGGGACCGGGACGAGCAGAACCUCGAGGCCUACGUGAAAAACGGACAGCUGUUCUACCGGUCCCUCCGGAGGAUCGAGAAGGACGAGGAGCUGUUGGUCUGGUACGGAAAAGACCUGAUUGAGCUGCUGCUGCUGCUGAGUGCCGGUAAAGCGCCGGUCAAGGCCAAGGGGUCCACUCCCUACUCCUGUCCUGACUGCAACCAGCGCUUCCAGUUUGAGUUCCCCUUCCUGGCCCAUCUGAGGUUCCGCUGCACCAAGAGACUACAGAGCAUGGCGGCAGGCAGUGUGGACGAGGAGGUCCCCAGUAAGGAGCCAAGCACUGAGCGCCCUAACCCCAACCCUACCACCACCGCACCCACCAGAGCAAGUCCUAAACUGGGCCGCUCGGAUGGGGACAGCGCCAAACCCUCCACAGACUUCCAUAACCUAGCCAGAGACCUCGAGAACAGUCGCACCAGUCCGCCGAGCGACCGUGAGGCUGAGAUCCGCAGCGAGAGCUCUGGGAAGAGGAAGUUCUCCGAUGUGGAGGACAGAGUGAGGGAUGCUAGCAGGGCCUCUCUGAGUCUGUCUCAGUCUCACAAGUCUAAGGAGGAGCUGGCUAGCUCAGCACAGAACUAUCGGGGAGUGUACGGCCUGGAGGAGAAACGACGAGGGCCGACGUUCUCCCCUCCAGGGUCGGGGUCCACUGAGUCGGGUGGUGAGGGUAAACGCAGCGCCUUCACCGAAGUCAAGAAGUCUCCACAGAGCCUAAAGACGCACGGUAACAGCGGUGGCACCAAAAACCUCCAGAGCUCCAACGUCGAGAACAAGGACGGAGGUCGGCCCGGCCCCGUCAACAACCCUCCCCAAGAAAAGCAUCUCAACAUCAGGCAGGUUCUGUCGGAGACUCAGCCUGUCCAGCCACAGACCCGCAUGGAGGCCUCUCCGCUAGGGAGCGCCUUCACCUCCGUAGCCCAGCAUGGUGGGGGGAACAGCGGGGAGAGGAAGAGCGCAUUCAGCCAACCCUCCCGCCACGCUACCUCCUCCUUCUCCCAGAUCUCUCCUCUGGUCAUGACCACGCCCAAACUCCUGGACUGCCACCCUGCGGUGGGCGACACCAUAUCCUCCUCUAGACUCUACCAGGCUGACCACCUGGCCGCCAAACUCCACGGCGCCGAGUUGGGCGCCAACUGCCCCGUGCCGGGCGCCAUGUCCAAGCAGAGUCCGUUCCUCUACACAACGGCUGCUGCCACAGCCUUCUGGCCUAAGAGCCAGGGCCACAUCCAGCUGCAGAUGCCCUCAGCAUUAACCUUACUCCCCCCCUCCUUCACCUCUCUGUGUCUGCCCGCCCAGAACUGGUGCGCCAAGUGCAAUGCCUCCUUCAGGAUGACCUCUGACCUGGUGUACCACAUGAGGUCGCACCACAAGAAGGAGUUCGCCAUGGAGCCGAUGGUUAAGAGGAGGCGGGAGGAGAAACUCAAGUGUCCAAUCUGUAACGAGUCGUUCAGGGAGAGGCACCACCUCUCGCGUCACAUGACCUCCCACAACUGACCUUUAGAUCAAUAACAGACCGUUUUCACACAGCUAGGGGGGCGAACCGAGUCGAGCUGUACUGGCCUGGUUACGGAAUUGCAUUUUGAUGAAGGAAGCCUUGCUUGAAAGGACAGUGUGUAAAGAAUAUACUCUAGACGAACCAGCACAGGAAGGUUUGGCCACUGACGUUGCUGGGAUGGACCAUAAAGGACUAUGGGAAAAUAGUAUACCCGUGCCAGGCCAGCACAGCACGGUUUGAGUCGGCACGAUAGUGGGAAAAGGGUAUCACAUCACAGACCAUGGGGAGGAUCUUUUUUGCUGACUGACUGACUGGCUGAGUGGGUAUAUGACUGGUUGGCUGUCUGACACUGACUGGCUGGCUGACUGGCUGGUUAUAUGACUGGCUGGCUGGCUAUAUGAUUGGCUGGCUUGCUGACACUGACUGGCUAUACGACUGGUUGACUGGCUGGCUGGCUAUAUGACUGACUGGCUGGCUGACUAGCUGACUGUCUAGCUGGCUAUAUGACUGGCUGGCUGGCUGGCUGACACUGACUGGCUAUACGACUGGUUGACUGGCUGGCUGGCUAUAUGACUGACUGGCUGGCUGACUGACUGGCUAUAUAACUGGCUGACUGGCUGGCUGACUAGCUGACUGUCUAGCUGGCUAUAUGACUGGCUGGCUGACACUGACUGGCUGGACAUACACCACUUAAAGGAGCACUUGUUUUCAACACAGACAAUUAUUAUCAUUCCUUGAGUCUGUUUUUUGGUUUCUUCUUCAAAUUGUCAUGUUUCUUUAUGCCAAUGCGUUUUGACUUCAGAAAUGAAUUAAUUUAUCUUAUGAAGCACUUACAAUUUGGUAAAUAAGGGAAAAUAAGAAUAUGUGUAUUUAAAUGUACAGUACGUUUGGAUUUUAUAUUAUAUGAAGACAUAUAUAUAGAAAAUGAUAAAUAAAAAAUAAUUACAUUACAUGGUUUUACUAUUCAAUACGUUUUUUUCAUGUUCACUUUAAAAGGUUGGAUGAUAUUGACACAAAGGAGGAUAUGACGUCAGACAGACUGACUAUAUUUCAGAGUGCACCGUGGGACAAUAGGUAUUGAUGCAAUCUAUACAGUUACGAUGUACAUACCUGGUUUGUUUGAAAUACAAAAGUGUAAUAUUUUGUGUCAGUGGGGAAUACAGUAGUUUGCAGUGUUUCUUUCUUCACGCUGAAAUUCACUACUUGAUAGUUUACCUGAUCAUGUUGAAUGAUUUGACAAUAAAAUAGCUUUAUUUUCA